CAUCUAAGUUUGAAAAAUGGCGGCGUUGAAGAAGCAGAAGACAUUCUACGAUAAAAAAAAAGAAUUUUCAAAAUUUGCAAUUCCAGCAAUGAAAAUAGAUUCCGUCUUGCACCAGUAUGAGCGAAGAUUGAAGCCGCUUAUCUUCGAGAUAUGCAACGGUGGUUACCCUUGGUCUUUUACCGAUGCUUUUAUUCAAUAUCGUAAACAAAAAUUAAAUUUCAAUUUCGACCUGUGGUACAUGUAUAGUUACAAGAAACUGAUCGAUAUUAUAGCGGGAGAAGAGGAUAAUAUUGCAAAAGAUGACAGACCAAUUUUUGAAUGUUUAUUUGAUUUUUUAUCCGGGAAUCAUUUAUCAUGCUUAAAGUCAUUGUUAGACUUGUCCAGCAGUGGUAAUCUCAGUGAAGUGAAAAUCACAACUAUUAUGGCCCUCCACUAUUUCAAACCAUUAGUUCCUAAUGGUGCCUAUGUGGUAGACAAUUCUAACCCAUCAUGCCAUGCUAAAUGUGAAUUGUGUGCGGAGCGAAUUGUUUAUGGGGAUACCAGUAUUGGAAAUAAAAGGGUGUGGCAUGGGAAAGUUGAUAUUCUUUUACAAAGAAGUAUUGUAAAGGUUAGCUUGGAAAAAGAUUUAGAAGACCUGAAUCUGAAAGAUGAAGAUGAAGAUAAAGAAAUUGAAGAAACAUCUAUAUGUAAAGAAGAACUAGCAUGUGGCUUAGCUAAAUCUCAAUUGGUAUCCCAGGUCAUAGUAAACGCUUUUUUUACCUCUGGUAAACAAAAGUUUCUCCACAAUCAGUUUAUUCCAUCAUUUUUUGUGACUGAAAAAUACAUUAGAAUUGUUUUAUACCAUAUUGAAUUGGAUAUUCUUCUUAUGAGUACAAAAUUGCCAAUAUGGGAUAAGGAAAGAAGUGGUGAGUUGGAUGUCAUGACACUUAUAAGGGUCUGGUUAGCCCUUAAUUAUUCUGGUUCAAUGGAUAAAAGUCCAGAGCAGUAUCAGACUUUCCUUAAGUACACAAACAGAUCUAAUUUCAAGAAAUUGCUACCAGAUGAUGCCUAUUCAGUGUACUUGAACAACAUGCAGCAGCCAUUGAAUUCUGAAAAAAUUGUAUCAGAUUCUUAUUCUGAUGACAAUGCCGGAUAUGGUUUUGACACACAGGAGUUUGCUCUUAAUUGUAUUCUUGAACUUAACAAAGCAAUGAAAGCUUUAGAUUCUGCAAGAAAAUAGAAAGCUGCAGAGAAAGCACAUGUUCACUGUGUGUCUCUGUCUUCCUGUCAAUAAUUGAUGUUUGCACUCUUAAUUCAAUUUAACCAAAUUUAUAUGGAAGGUGUAUAUGGGCAUUUCUUUUUCCAAGUUUUGAAAUGAGUGCUAUCUGAUAAAUUUUGUUAGAGUUACUGCCAAUGACUAAGUAUUUUCCCUAUCAACUUUUGUUAGCCAUUUCAAAUUUGCAUUCAGUGGAUUCCAACCAAAAAUUUAUUGAAUGUGUAUAUGGGUAAUACCUUAGUCAUUAUUAUCAAGUUAAAAAAAAUGAGCACUUUUGGAUAAUUUUUGUGAAACUCCAAGGUAAAUUCUAAAUGGAAAGUCCUUUUAAAAUCAAACUCAUUGAUAGUGAUCUAGAUUCUCCCUUUUUAUUCGUUUUAACCAAGUUUAUGUUGAAGUUAUUUCUUGCCCUAUCCUAUCCAUCAUAAAGUUUUUACAUGUU